UACCUCAUGAUGUCUCCUUUUAAUGAUAGAAGGGAUAUUCUUGAUUGCAUCCACCUUUAACAACAAAUUGUUCCUUGGACCUUGACAUUGUUGAGUGCUUACCAUUACAUAAGGUAUUCGACAUUCAUUCAUCAUAACAUUAUCACAUACCUUCAUAUACCAUCACUGUCACCACCAAGAAACCAUACCAUAACCAUUUUACCAUAUCCCACCCAAAUCAGCCCAACUCAACCAUGACCGUCCGUCUCACCGUCCUCCUCCUCCUAGUGGACGUCCUCAGUAUCGGCGAAGGAUUCCCCUCGUCAUCAUCGACUCAAAAACGACGAGAUUCAAUGUCGUCAAUGGUAAUGAAUGAGAGCGACUUUGAAUCUGAUUUCGAACGCGAACUCGGGCUCGGCCUCGAACCCGAACCCGAAUCAAAACAACAGCCAUCAAAGACAUCAAGGUCGUUGUCAUUAUCCACCUCAGGUGGUCUGAGUCGGUCCUCUACAUUGACUUCAAUGUCCCAGUUUUCAUUUAGGAAGGAGAAAUAAGCAAGCAAGCAAAGCACCGUCACUAUCAUCUUUUAUCACCAUCACCAUAUACCCACUAUCUGGAUAGCGUUGCCCAUGUCUAGGAGAAGGAUUGUCGACCUCCUGAUCAUAUGUUCCUGGAGUUGAAUGGACUGAUUGUUAUACUAUUGGGCCCUAUAAUGUACAGGCAGAUUAAUGAAUGUAUGACACCAAUGAUAUAAUGAUGCAAUGAUACCAC